AACAUUUCGAUGAUGCCAUUGCCAUAAAAGAUCGCUUGCGUAAUGUUCAGCCACCAAUCUACAACGAGCGCAGAAUGAAUGAAACUCCGAUUCCACCAGUUCAUAUCGAUGAUGAAGAAGAGCAAGGAUUGGGUGGAGAAACGGAAACCGAAGCCGAGGAUGAAAGUUGUGUCAUUGAUCACUAUAAUCAAUCAGGCGAUGAAUUCACCGAUAUUGCCAUUGACCCUCUUGCCAGCUUUGCCAGCACAAUUGAUGACGAUGGCAAUGAAUUGUUACAAGUUUCACAAACCAAUGAUAACGAAGUGGUUGAAGAUGACAAUACCACAGGACAAAAUAUCGAGCAAACAGUUGAACGAAAUAUGAACGAUUCAACAAUUGACGAGCAAAACGAGAGCGAAAUGGCAGGCGGUGCUAACAAUGGCGAUCAAGUUGUUGAACCAAAUACCGACGAGGCAGCAACUGGUAAGAGCAAUGAAACAACAAACGAAAACUCGAAUGAUCAUGUUGUUGUUGUUGUUGUUGAGCAAAAUAUGAACGUUAUACCAAAUGUUGUAAAUGAAAACAACACAUCAAACCCAGUCUCUCUCAAUGAUGACUCAAUCGGUUUGCCAUUCGUUGUUGCCGAAGGGUCUGUUGUAAAUCCCGAAGUCGAAGAAUCUGAACAAAAUCCCAAUGUCGCAAAUAAUGUGGAUGUCAAGCCAGUAUUUCAGGAAAUAUUAAUAGAGCGCACAGAAAAUGAUUCGGAUCUUGAUGACAUUUUGUCUGAAGAGAAAGAAGUGGUUUUGGAUGAACAUGUCACGAUGUUAGUCGGCCCACACGGAAUCCCAAAGCCAUUAGCUACCACAACUGACGACUUACUCAAACGCGAAAACGACGGAAUGUCAGGAAACAUCCCAUUCAAUGAAAGGAAAAAAGGACGAGUUUACAAGAUUGGUACCAAGAAAGCCGAAAUUCCGUACAAAGUGAUUGACAAAAUUCUGGAAUGGAAUGAAGAUCGUGACAAGCGUAACAACAUCGAUUACGAUCGAAAAAUGUGUCAAAUGCUGGUAAUGUCGUUGACCCCAAAGGAUGAUAUCCGCACAUCAAAAAUCAGCAGCCAGGUCAUCGAAUUUGUCAAGGCAUGUUUUAUUGUUCGUUGCGGCGAAAACGAAGAACGCAUUGGGGCCGUCGAAAUGUACAUAAAUGAUUUAUGUACUGAAAAAGCUAAACAAACAAACGAAGCCACAGCUUAGGCUAGUGCAAAAUGAAUAUCACAUUAAAACUUCACAAUGUAGUCGACAUUCAGGAUAAAAAAUUCUUUGCUGUAACGUUACUAAAAAUGAAAAAAAAAGUACAAAAAGUGAUAUUUUGAUCGAUAGUUUUAUGUUUACAAUAAUUUUUGAUAUGUUACUGAAGCGAAUUAAAUAUUGCAGACAGUAGUUGAAAACAAGAAAGAACAUACAAAAUGAAUUACUUUAUUCAUUUAAACUAAUAAUUACCGUACUCAAUUUAUGAAAUAACAAAAAAAUCUAAAUUUAAAGCGCGAGGAAAAAUCACUUCAAAUUAAUAGUAAAGCUAUAUUUAUAUAUUUAUCAGAACGAUUCUAAUCAGAUAUUCCCAUUUUCAGUGAAAUACGUGGAAGAAUAUAUAUAUUUUUGAUAACUAUCACACUAAAAACAAAGGAACGGAUGCAAAACAAAAAAAAUAUUUAUUAGAGAGCCAAAUAAGAAAUUUAAAUUUAAAUAAAUAUUACACGUAUUUAAAUUUUUAUAUAAGUUGAACGCUUCAUGCGGCUUUUAAAAGAUUAAAUACCAUUCAUCCUAAUAAUAUUUUUGAACAAAUGUUCGCAGUAAGCAAUAUACUUUAAAAAUAAAGAGAAGCAUUUUAGUACAAAUUUACACAAGCCAUACAAUGAAAGGAAGGUGAUAAUAAAAUAAAUUUUAAACCUGAAUCAAAUGAAUGUAAAAUUUUGUCAAAGUAAUGAAAAACCGUUAAUUAAAAGAGCAAUAGUUCAAUUUGUUUUAUUGAUUUCAUUUAAGGCAUUCUGAAUUAAUUUCAAAUUGUUUUGUGAUACACAAAUUUUUCCAGUAUCAUUUCUAACAAUGACAUGAUAAGACAAAGUUGCAACAUAAUGAUCCAUUGAAAUAAAAGUACAUUUUGGCAAGUCGAACGUAUGAAUAAUACCAUUUACAUCUACUUUAUACCAUGAAGAAAGAACUUCAAUUUUUCUCGGAUCUUUUUUGUCUUCUGAAGGUGGUGCAAAGUCCCACAAAUAUUUUCUGUCCUUGUACGUUUUACUUUCCGAUGCAUAUUGGAACGAAAUUAUAUUACCCAAAAGAAAUGUUUUAAAUACUUUUUCAUAAAUGUUUUUGAAAAUACACCA